AUGGGUAUCUAUCCUCAGAUUGCGAUACUAUGUAUUUUUUUCACGUUGACUUGGGCAAAACGACCUAAUAUCGUAUUCAUCAUAACUGACGACCAAGAUCAACGACUGGGCUCACUUGAUUACAUGCCGCUACUAAAGAAGCACAUCACAGACCAGGGAACUCGGUAUAAAAGUCAUUAUUGUACGAUUGCAAUCUGCUGUCCCUCAAGAGUAAGCCUUUGGACGGGCAAAGCUGCUCAUAAUACCAACGUGACCGAUGUAGUCCCUCCCUAUGGUGGGUAUCCCAAAUUUGUUGAACAAAGACUCAACACAAAUUAUCUUCCAAUCUGGCUGCAAGAAUCUGGUUACAACACCUAUUAUACAGGGAAGCUCUUCAAUUCACACUCAGUCCUCAAUUACAACGAUCCUGUACCAGGAGGCUGGACUGGCUCAGACUUCUUACUCGACCCCUACACCUACCAAUAUUAUAAUGCUUCGAUGUCUAGGAACGGUGCUGCUCCGGUGUCAUAUGAAGGCCAAUACUCCAACGACCUGAUUGCAACAAAAGUAUAUGGCUUUUUAGAAGAUGCUAUAGACGAUGUUGAAGAUAAGCCGUUCUUCCUAGUUGCCGCACCAAUUGGUCCACACGCCAACGUAGAUUUCGAGAUGGGUUUCAGCUCUGCUGUAAGCGCCCCAAGACAUGCGCAUUUAUUCAAUGGCUAUAAGAUCCCCCGAAUGAAGAAUUUUAAUCCAGAUACGCCAAGUGGGGUCAAUUGGAUUGCUCGACUUCCAAAGUUGAACGAAACCGAAAUAGCAUACAAUGAUGAUUUUCAAAGGACGCGGCUUCAAGCGCUUCAAUCAGUUGAUGAGAUGGUAGAAGGCAUUGUCGAGCGCCUGGAAGCGGCGAGCCUGCUCGACAACACUUACAUAAUUUACACCUCGGAUAAUGGCUACCAUAUCAGCCAGCAUCGUCUUCAUCCAGGAAAGUCGUGCGGCUUCGAAGAGGAUAUUAAUAUACCACUCAUUAUUCGUGGGCCAGGAGUUGACCCCAAAAAAAUUCUCAAAGCUGUAACUUCACAUACGGACCUUGCACCAACAAUAAUGAAGAUUGCGGUAGGUGAUCAUGGAUUGAAUCAUGACUUUGAUGGGUCACCUAUUCCGCUGACUGAAACAUCUGUUGGUAAAAAGGAGCAUGUGAACGUUGAAUACUGGGGUAGAGCCUUUCCAGAAGGUGCUUAUGGGUUGCCGCCAAUUGAAUUUGACAUACAGGGAGGGAUACCUUUGGGUUACGUGAACAAUACUUAUAAGGCACUCAGGUUGAUUGGUGAAGGUUAUAACCUUUACUACUCGGUGUGGUGUACCAACGAGAAGGAACUUUAUGAUCUUGAGAACGAUCCCGACCAACUCCGGAACCUCGCAUCACCGCAACAGCGCCCAAUAGCACCGAAUGAGCCGCUUUUACUCAAGAGACAGAAAUUCGAAGUCAUCGACCGCCUUGACGCACUUCUUCUUGUGUUAAAGUCCUGCAAAGGUACUACCUGCAUAGAUCCUUGGAGAGUCCUCCACCCCCGUGGAGAUGUUGAUUCUCUUUCUGUUGCUUUGAAACCCAAAUUCGAUCGAUUUUACCAGGCUCAGCCGAAGGUGUCAUUCACAAAAUGUGAGAUGGGGUACCUUGUUGAAAGCGAGGGGCCGCAGAUUGCCUCGAUAUAUGGAGGAGCAACCUUCGGGUCCCCACAAACUGGACUCGGUUCUCAACGAGUCAUUGGCCGUUCCGAAAAUGGGGACCAAUACUAUGGAAAGAGUAGAUGGAGCGAUUGGACUUGA